UUAAGAAUCACAUGAGAGCACUUAUCCCAGGAGGACUGAGGCCAGCGAAGCUGAACAUGGGAAGGCCGCGGGCCGCUCGCGGCCUCGUCCUCAGGCCUUGGGGGCUGCCGCUGCUCCUAUGCAACGUGCUGCUACGGGACCCCGCCAGCGCAGCCCCGGCCUGCGCAAGUCCCGCCGUGGCGCCGGCUGUGGGCCAGUUCUGGCAUAUAUCUGAUUUACACUUGGACCCCACCUACCACAUCACAACUAAUCGCACUCAAGUUUGUGCCUCUUCCAAAGGAGUGAAUGCCUCCGACCCUGGACUAUUUGGAGAUUUUAUGUGUGAUUCUCCAUAUCUACUUAUUUUAUCAGCUUUGAAGUACAUGAAAGAUUCUAGUCAACAGGCAUCCUUCAUGAUAUGGACAGGAGACAGCCCUCCUCAUGUUCCAGCGGAUGAACUUUCCACAAAAAUUGUCAUUGAUGUUAUUGGUAACGUGACUUCUACCAUAAGAAGUUUCUUUCCAGAUCUCCAAGUUUUCCCUGCACUAGGAAAUCAUGACUACUGGCCACAGGAUCAGCUGCCUGUAUCUGUCAAUGAAGUUUACAAUGCUGUAGCAGAUUUCUGGAAACCUUGGCUCACUGAUGAAGCCAUCAGCACCUUAAGAAAAGGUGGCUUUUAUACACAAAUAUUUAAGUCCAGCAUGACCACUCAACCACUUAGGAUAAUCAGUUUAAAUACAGUCUUAUACUACUCUCCUAACUCUGUGACUCAGAAUAUGACUGAUCCAGCAAACCAGUUUGAAUGGCUAGAAAUGGUACUGGAGACAGCACAUCAAAACAAGGAAAAGGUUUAUGUAAUAGGACAUGUGCCAGUAGGCUAUCUGCCUUUUGUUCGAAAUAUUACUGCCAUAAGGGAACACUACAACCGGAGGUUGAUAGACAUUUUUCGCAAGCACAGCAGUGUAAUUGCUGGGCAGUUUUUUGGACAUACUCACAGAGACAGCAUCAUGGUUCUCCUGGAUGAAAACGGAAAACCAGUAAAUUCCUUGUUCGUGACACCUGCUGUGACACCGGUAAAGUCUUUACAAGAGAAAGACUCAAACAAUCCUGGAGUGAGGCUAUAUCAAUAUGAUCCUCUUUCAUAUAAUCUCCUGGAUCUUUGGCAGUUUUACUUGAACCUCACAGAAGCCAACAUGAAAAACGAAUCCGUCUGGAAACUUGAAUAUAUUAUGACCAAAGCUUAUGGGAUUGAGGACUUAACACCAGAGAGUUUAUAUGAAAUGGCAAAGCAACUCAGUGUACCAUACAGCAAAUUGUUCCAAAAAUAUUACAGCUACUACUUUGUGAGUUAUGAUGAUGCAAGCUUGCUCUGUGAAGAGCAAUGUAGGAUCAGCCAACUCUGUGCGAUCCAAUAUUUAGACCUCCCCUCCUAUACAGAUUGUGUCAGACACAAAGGCGAAUUGCAACAUGGGUAAAAGGUAAUGUUCACUCUAAGGAACUAUAUCCCCAAAGGUCCUGUCCAGUCAUAACUAUUUUGGCUGAAUAAACCAUGGCUUAUUAAGCUAAGAACAAGUGGUUUGCCCGCCUGCUACUCCUCACCCCUCUUCUCCUUUC